AUGCCCAUUGCCGUUAUCACUGGAGCAAAUAGCGGUCUUGGAUUUGCAAUUGCAUGUCGACUGAUUGAAGCUGUCGAAGGAAUCACGAUCGUCGUGACAUGCCGGUCCACCGCCAAAGCUGAGGAUACCCUCCGACGUCUUGAACACAGAUAUCCUGCAAAGACUCUCAAGCUUGACUAUGCACUGCUUGACCUUGCAUCGAUGCGUAGUGUUCAUGACACCGCAAAGGAGUUGAAGGAGAGGUUUGGAAGGAUCGACUAUCUAUACCUCAAUGCUGGUGCAGGAGACUUCAUCGGUCUUGAUUGGAAACAACUGGCAUUGGAUUUCUGGAAUGGGUUCAUCGCUGCACUCACCGCACCAACCUACAAGUUGCAAAGAAUAGGUCGCAAGUCGGGUGAUGGACUGGGAUGGGUCUUCCAGUGUAACGUCUUUGGACAUUACUACCUCAUGAAUGAAGUACUCCCGGUUAUGAAGGACGGCGGGAAAGUUAUCUGGACCUCAUCUCUUGAGGCAUUCCCUUGGGCGUUCUCCUACCCUGACCCAACCAAAACGCUCUCAGAUGUCGCUGAUUCAAGCGCCUCGACUCCCUCAGAUACUCUGCAGCUCCUGAUCAACACUCACUCCUAUGAAGGCUCAAAACGCCUGACCGACAUUCUUCAUGUUGCAUCAUACAAGUCUAUUUUUGAGUCAUACAAAGUCAGACAAUACCUCACUCACCCAGGUAUUUGUGGUACCAAUAUCAUGGCGGAUCACCUUAUCAAACCCUUCUUCUGGGGUAUGUUUGCAUGCUUCUAUGUCGCUCGUCUUUUUGGUUCAAUUUGGCAUACGUGCACGGCGCACAAGGGUGCUCUCUCAUCUUUGUACUGUGCUGUGAUCGAUGAUGAGAUGAGCAAGAAGUUUGGAAGCGGAACUGAUAGGUGGGGAAAUGAAAGAAUUGUGCGACAGGAGGUGGAAGAGUAUGACGAGGAGGAAGGAAACCUUGUUCACAAGGCCAUGAAUGACCUAUACAAAGAGUGGAAGGAGAAACUAGAGAAGGAAGACCAAGAGGUAUGA